UCUACCCGUCGCAACGCAGAGCACUCUUGUUGUUGUCUUGCGGGUAAAACAAAUUGUCACCAGGCAUCGACCAAACAGCGCCAAGCGCCGGCACACAAACCAGGCCUGGUCGGGGCCUGGCAACGGCGCCAACAAAACAGAGACAGGAUAGGCAUAAAACCAUAACCGCAACAGGAGGUGGCUGGGCAUAUUCCCCAAGUUCAUUAGAUUCUUCGAUGGGCCCCUCGUCACAGUUCCUGCUGCUGUCAAUGGGUUCCUGAAUGUUGGUGGCGAGUUUCAAGCACGUUCAAUGGCACGAAAUGGAAAGUUAUGCCGCCUAACGCACAUAAAUCCAGUCUAAAAAUAAUCAACGCAAAAUACGCAGCAGAGAUGUAUGAGCCGGAGGCGGAGUCGGACGAGGAUUGCGAAGUUUACUGUAAGUAGUUGCCCGUUGUCGUGUUUAAAUGUCAUUCACAUGCCGCUUAUGCUGGAUUACGAUGCAGUCCUGAAGCCCGUCAACGAAUACAACAUCGUGGACAAGAUUAAGGAGGCCAACAAGCAGCUAUUUGCGAUCUACGAUGAGGAAGAGGCGGGCGCUGGCCAAGAUAAUCCCAAUAGCAGCAGCCGCAAGGUGACUUUUGCACUCAAUCUGGAGGAUUACGAGCCGAUGACAGCGCAGCAGCAACAGCCGGAGGAGGUAAGCAGUCCGCCGGCCGAGCUGUUGCAACAGUUGGCACAGCUGAAGCUUAGAACCGAGCGUGGCGAGCGCUUUGCGGCCAUAGAAGAGGAGCCGGUCCAGGAGCUGGCGAGGGCAGCAAUGGAGCAGCAGCAGGCGGAGGCAGAAGUGGAGGAGGAUAUAUGCGAGGAAAUCCUGGAGCUCAGCGAAAUGGAAAACAGCAGCAGCAAGCAGCCAGAAGCGAGCCAAAUCCCGGCCAGCAUGGACUACGAGGAUGACUUUUUGGGCGUGGAUGAAGAUGAUCUCCAGGCUGCCAGCGAACCGCUAACCGCCGACAUCCAGAAGCAUCGCAUUGCACGCCAGAACACAUUCGACUUGAACGCUGAAGAAAUGCCUGACUCGGAUCAGCGGAGUCUGACCAAUCUGCUCACGGAGUCCGACUGCGAGGAGGACGAGCGCGUCGUGAACGAAGCGCGCAUCAAAUUACGCCAGGCCUACAAGAGUCUAUACAAAACGUUGGAUGCGAAGGGGCAGGCGCAAAUAAAUAGAUUAACUGGCCAGGACAACGGGGAUGUGGAGGAUGAUGACUUGUCCAUCAUUGUGGCCAGCUAUAUACCCGAUGACUUCGAGCUGGACGAGCGCAGCAUUUACUACAAAAAGGAUGAUGAGACGGCACAAACGCCCAACAACAACAACACGAGCAGGAGCACGAGCACCAAGACCUUCUUCAAUGCCCGACGCUUUAGCUUUAGGCGUCGCGCCAGAGCCACGCCCAGUGCGCCAGUUGCUCCGCCGCCGGACAUCAAAAUGAAUUAUAAAAUCUGCUGCGAGCAUCGAAAUGCGCUGCAGGAGAAGCUGCCCCGCUACACCGGCUACAUGUCCGAGUACGGGCUGAGCGCGAAGCAGCUGCAGCAACGGGAUCAGCAGCUGCGUCGCAAGCAGCGCUUCGCCAUGGAGCAGACGCUGAAUCGGAACGAGCACGAGCUGAAGAAGCUGCAGGAUAACGAGCGUGCAUUUACCACCUGGCUGAAGAACAAGAUGCGUUAUCCCAUCAACAAGACGCGCAACAUGUUCGAUGCGACGAGAAGGCGCGCCACCGUAGCAGCUGCUGCAAGCAGUCCAAAUCCUCACCAGCAAAAGCGCCGGGAGCAGCAACACGAGCAGCUGAGAUCGGGUCGUCGGCGUGACAGCAACGAGGUGCACACCUAUCGCUAUCUGCUGGGCAGCUGGAACAAGUAGUCGGAAUACAUAUUAAUAAAUAUACUAGAUUUUAAGCUGGCGGGCCUAAGGAGUAAGCAGUUGACUAGCUUUAACUAGUUGAGAAUUAUUACCAGAGAAAAUAUAACAAAGCAAGCAAAGCCAA